AUGGGUGAGUUCGUCCAGAUUUGAAUAAAUGUUCGUUUUUUUCUGCUCCGAGAAGAUAGGCGACACUAUGUAGAAACUCUUUAAGUUUUGUAUGAAGUAGUUGUUGAUAAUCGCUUUAGAAAGGUUUGCCCCAGAAAAAAAUCUCUUUUAACGAGGACUUAUUAUUUUCGCAAACCAAAAAGCCAAAUUUUUUAUGAAUUCGCAGAGCUUCCAUUUUUUUUUAAAUAGAGUGGCUAAUAAUUACUUCGCGUUAAAUCGCAAACCGCUACUCCCUGACGUAAUCCCUAUGACAUCAUCUUCAUUUGGUAAUUCGCACACGCAGUCAUUUUAUUUUUCGUUUCAAUUUAUAAAAUUAGAUUCGACGUAAAAACUUUUCCAGUCGCAUGAGAAGAUAUCACAUUUAAAAAUCCUCUUUUCAUCAUCAUCAAUAUUUAUUGGUUGUUUUAGUCGAUGGAAUCGACUAGGCUGUGAACAAGAACUUUGAAAGCUAUAACGAACAACCACCUUUGGCGAAAAAGAAGUCAAAGCGUGUAGUCGAUUGAAUUGAAAGCGUGGUCUUACGGUAGGGACCGCAAAGCCACGCCCCUUUUCGCGAUGAAAAAGUGGCUUUUUUUUUGGUUUUCAACUUUCCUUUUGUUGUAGUUGCAAAAUAUGUGGAACUGGAUAAUAAAUUCUGAAACACAUGUACAGAAAAGCUUUCCUUUCGUUUGAAAAAAAUUUCACGCUUUUUUGAUGCGUUCUCGCGGAAUGUCGUACAAAAAAACGUGAAUUGAACUAAAAAAAUUUUUGUCAUUUUUUUGCUUUUUCAUGUAUUUUCAGGUCGAACGCACUCUUUUUUUUAAAUAAUAAUUUUGAUACAAGUAACGGUAAUUUUAAAACAAUAAAAUAAAAAAAUUCGUCUCUGCCAAAAAAAUUUACGGGGCCGUUUUAAUGCAGCGAUCGUUAAACGAGGCAAAAAAAGCACUAAAAAAACAGUUUUUUCGAAGCGAAUUUCAACGGAAAGUUUGAGUAAAGAUUUGCGAACAUAUUCUGAUAAAAAAAUAGCUGAAUUACUCCAAGUUCUUAUUUUUUUGAAAUAGACAAUCUGUACUAUUCAAACGGCUCAAGGGUAAGGCGGAUGGAAGCUCCCCUCGCCAGACUUGACAGCUUGGCGCAGCGCGUGCGCUGCGAAUUUUCUUUUUAAGGUCGCCAGUUCGAUGCCCGCAAGCGCCAGUUUUUUGUUUUCUGGAAAAUACCGACUUUUUCGGCAAACUAGCAAAUUUGUUAUCAUUUUAGCAGUCUGUUUGAUUUGUUACAUAAUAAUAGAGGGCUGAAAUCGAAGUAUCGGAACUUAUUCUAGAAGAAAAAUCGAGAAAAAUGUCAAAAAUGGAUAAUACCAAAAUUUCAGUACUAAAAAAUGGUGCGCGGCACGCCACAUUUUUCGUCAUAACUGUUUUCAUCCUCAAUCUUUUUCGAAAAACGCCUGCGGUCCCUAUCUUACGGUCCUUCUUCUCGCUCUUCCACAAGUAGAUCCAUUAGUUUCUCUUGUACGGGCACUGCGAUGAUGGUGGGGCUCGGGCACGGACCCCGUGUACACUCCAGGGUAGUUUCGGCCGAUUGAGAGAGCUACCAUUUCGAGUGUAGAAAAUACACGGAAGUUUGAUUUUUUCUUUUUUGACAUCGGGGGCUGCCGCAUAUAUGCUAUGUAUGUCCCCAAACCCCCGCUGCGGCUGAUUUAUCCUGUAUCUAUAGAUAAUUGACAUACAUAGCAUAUACGUUGAUAAACGGUUCCAAGUGAAAAAUAAUGAUAAACUGACCAUUCAUCAUCAUCAUCAAUAUUUAUUGGUUGUUUUAGUCAGAUGGUAUCGACUAGUCAGAUGGUAUUCUUAGUAUUAAAAGUAUAAUAAAUUACCAUGUUCGCUUAAAUUGUUCAUACUUAUUCAUACAUCGUAAAACAGUUUUCUGAUUCCGCCAGUGUAGUCGAAUAUUCGCAAUAAUUCAGAAAACAUGAUAAAAUGGGCUUAAGAAAGCCAUCGGCAUUUCAUAAAGUUAAUGACACUCCCAUUAAAAAAUUGAGUAUAGGAAAAUGGAAUAAUAUUUUAUAAAAAUAUUGUAAAAUUUUCAUCCACAAAAGUCAAAACGUUGAAAAACGCAAUCAGUUUAUAUGCAAAGGCGCAGCUCAGGCUCUUCUCAUUCUCCAAUUUUUUUCACGUAAAAAAAUAAAUAUAUAGACAAAUAUUUUGAUUACGCUUAUUUCUUGUGUUACGAAUGAUGUCAUAAAGUGACGUCAGGGAGUAGCGGUUUGCGAUUUAACAAAAACUCUAAUUUACUUCAUACAAAAACGAAUUCAAAUCUUUUCUGUCUGCACUGUGUGAUUAUAUUCGAGAAUAUUGCUCGAAACAAGUUAAAAAAUAUUUUCCAACUGAAAGCCGACGAGAACGGCUAGUUUUGAGGAGGCGUGGUUUCUGUCUGCGCUCUCCACCGACCAGGCAAUGUCUCUUUUCUAAUCGUCUUGACAUUCAAAAUAUGUACAGAUUUUACGUUAAAUUUGAAAUUCUAGUUAAAAAUAAUUUCAGUCAAGCUGAUUAACGCAAUUUUCUUUUUCUCGUCGUUCGCAUCAAUAUCACUUGCUCAAGGUAAUAUUUUUUUACUUUUUUCUUUUCUUAGAAGAUUCUAUGAUGAACGGUGUUAUAAAUAUCUAGUUUUCUCCAAAAAUGAGCCACAAGACGAUCCCGUUUUUGAACAUGAAAAAAGCUACCGUAAACACACAUCUGCACUUCCAAAAGGAAAGAGCCGACGUGAAAUUACUAACAGUUAUUAAAUUUCGAACCUAUCGUAAAUUAUAGAAAAAAAGCAAUAGCAAUUUUUGCAGAUGCAUGCUGCCAGAGGUUGAUUUUGAGUUACCCAACUGGCGACGCCAUCCCUCCCGGCUGCAAUAAACUCAAAUGCACGGACGCACCGGUCCACGUCGAAGAGUCUCUCAGAACAGCGCAGGAUGUUGCUAAUUUUUUGAACCGUGCAAUCAACAUCAGCACGCUCACUGUAAUCAAGAACAAUAAGCCAUUAGAAAUUUUUGUCGUGGAACAAAUAUUUCACAGCAGACGGGGUUCGUUUUUUCUCUCAUUUUUGAAUUUUUCGUCCUAAGAUAAAUUCGUCAAAAAAAGAUCAUUUCUGGGGACAUCACAAAUGGUCAGAUUUUUUAAUGCAGUUUCCAUAGAAUACAAGUGUCCUCUGAUUCUCUAAAACUUGCAUUAUCUUUUUUACUGUCUCAUUUGUUCUUCGCGGAUAUUACUUAGAGCAGGACAUAAAGGCCGACAACCCUCCUCACGAAUCUUCCUAAAUUGAAGCCAGUACUACCUCUAGAGGUUGAAACUCAUUUUUUCUGAGAUUGAAAAUCAUCUUCUACUGUUGGUUAAAUCUCCUUGACGUAAAGAAUAUUUUUUAUUUUUCCAAUUUCGAGUUUUUUUAAGUCCACCUCACCUGGAAAAAUGGGUUGCACAAGUAUAUGUGACAAUUAUUCAAAUGUUUCAUUCUUCCUCUGAUUCAAAUCUGUGUCCUGACUUUCCAUGCUCAUAUAGUUGUGUUUGCAGGACCGGCAGUGCUCCUGAAAGAUGUCGACUUGCAUAAAGAUGCCUUCGUGAAUUUGAAAAAAAUCGAGGUGAAGGACGUCUCACUUUACUGUGAGGACCAAAACAUUGUUGUCAUCGAAGGAAAGUGCCCCGAGGACGUGAAGGAGCGGCUCCAUAAAGUUGCGUAUGAGGUAGAGAAAAUAAUAUUUCUAAAAAUAUCAACGUGAAACACCGGGGGCGGCAUUCACAUUGAGCGUGCGGAGUGGUUCUCGGUGCCAAUUCAAAAUCAUCGUUUUCGCAAAAAUAUGGAUAUACAAAGCCAAGGCUUCUUGCUGCGACCUUGUCAAAGUCUUGCUGCCAUAUCGAUCCCUUUCAAAAACUUUAUAUUAAAGUUUUUCUGUUGCUUUUUUUUCUGAUUUUCAUGAAGAAAUGAAUAUUCUAUUGUGGAUGGGAGUAGUAGAUGAGAAAUUUAUCUAAAAUAUUAUACUCACCAAAUUUUUUAGAAAUGAAAACUCUCACUCCUCGUUCCUUCAAAAAUGGAUUGAUUAAACUCGAGUUUGAACAAUAUCCUCAGGUACUGGCGAAAUGCGCCCAAUUGACGCCGCUGGGGUCGGAUGAGACGACGACUCAGAAUGCUGACACGAACACAGACGCUGAAGGAAACUACGCAAUGGAGACGUCGUCGAGCUCUUCGCAGGAUAUGGGCGACUGUGAAAGUGCGAAAAAGGCGGCCAAAAAGGACGCCUUGGAGAAUGAGUGCGUUCGUCCUUUUGACGGUGAGUCUUUUGCUAACAAAGAGAACUUUUUCUAACCCAGACGAAAAAAAAUCUCGCAGUGAAUCUUUUUUCGAAACAUGUCGCUUCAACUUUUGAAAAUUACCCCGAAAAUGGUAAAAGUCUUUCUUGAAGCUUUUGAAAAGACAUGAAACAAAAACUAUUGCAAGAAAUUGUUAUGUGCGAUCAAAAGGCUCACAAGUACGCGUUCAUAAAAAAAUCAAGAAGAGUCUGUUCUCUUGUUCUUCUUCAAAAGUUCCCUUGUUCAAAAACUGAGGAAAAUUCUGAGAUUUGAUAGGUAUGAUAAAUUAUUAGCCCUAUUAUUGCGAUUUUCGCGAAACAAGAGCAAAAAAAUCGCCUCCCACCCAGUUAUGAAGGAGUUACACAAUUAUGGAAAAGCUACAUUCUAAGCGCUCUUGAGCUUUUUAAAUGGACUGAGAGACAAAAAUCAUUAGAAAAAUGUUUUUCUGGUAUCAACUUUGAAUAAAAUUCUGCGUGGGUAGCACCUUAGUGGGAGUUUCAUCUAAAAUUGAGCAGCUCUUUUGGAAAAGUUUGUUCGAACUUCGAAACUUUCACUGAACCCUUACUACUGCCAAAAAACGAAAUAAAUACUUGUUUUCAAAUUAAAAAUAUCUCUUGCAGGUCUGGCAUCUUAUGCUGUCAUUUUUUUGGCGUUUAUGUUGAUAUUGGUCUUCUGCUGCUCAUACUGUUUGUUCGAAAGCUACAGAAAAGCGCUGUCCAAAAAGAAGAAAACCAAGCCACGCCACCACAUCAACGUAAGGAGCUUUUUUACUUUAGUUUCACACGUUCGCGCAAUCAAAUCUGGUGCAGAAAUCGGCGGCUUUUUCAAAUUGUUUUUAAUGACUUUUUUUGGUCUUUUGAAUAUGAUGAGUUGAAUCAAUAUGAGAUUAAGAGACUCCCAAGUGUACAAGAGCGAACGUGUCAAAAAAAUAAAUAGAAAUACUUUUUUGAACUUUCUGAUAUAAAUCUGGACAUUAAACGGACCAAAAAAACCUGAUAACAACAAAUAAAUUAUGCAUAAAAACGGUUGCGCGAGACAUCUGAAAUAAUCGUCCAAAAAAUUUUCUUUUAAAGAAAAUUUUACAAAUAUUGAUUCCGGUCUUUCCAUUAAGAGAAAAUUAGAGACUUUCAAAUUCGAAAAUUUGAUGAAACGGUACCUUUUGAAGGAUGACACCAGCACGCAGUCUUCGGUUAUGGAGGUGAAAAAAAGGAAGCGCGGCGGUUUGGAAGGAUUUUCCGAGGUGACCACCGAGUUGGAUACGACUUAUCCAGUCCUGAAACACCACGUCAAAUCUGGAGAAGCUCCUGCUCAGAUGUACCUGAGCGUCUAG